GCCAGAGAACGUGAGGUGACUUGAACGUUGAACCGGUGUCGGUGUCCCGGCUGAGCUGGACCUGCAGUGUCGGUGUUCCGGCUGAGCUGGACCUGCAGUGUCGGUGUCCCGGCUGAGCUGGACCUGCAGUGUCGGUGUCCUGGCUGAGCUGGGCUGAGCUGGGCCUGCAGUGUCGGUGUUCCGGCUCAGCUGGGCCUGCAGUGUCGGUGUUGCGGUCCUGAUUAUCUGCGGCAGCAUAGAGUGACUCACGGCGCUAAGCCUCUUACAGUAAUACACCCGCUGCUGAGCCCACACCACAACGCUGUCCACAUCCACACAUGGCAGUUCUGCCGGUUCCCUGACCCGGGGCACGUCCCUGUCCGGACCCUGAGGAGCGCCGGAGAUGCUGGGUGGAGACGUGGUCGCCGUCUGGGAGGUGGCGCUGAGCGACGGCGUCCACCGGAUCGAGUUCGCUCACGGGACGACCACCGGGAAGCGCGUCGUGUACGUCAACGGGAAGGAGGUGAUCAGGAGGGACUGGAUGUUCAAGCUGGUGGGUAAAGAGACCUUCACGGUCGGCGGCGCCGCCACCAGAGCCACCAUCAACAUCGAGGCCGUCAGCGGCUUCGCCUACGAGUACUCGCUGGAGGUCGGCGGCAAGAGCCUGCAGAAGUUCAUCGACAACCGAGCCAAGACCACCAAGACGUGGCUGCUGUCGGUGGACGGAGGCGCCUGCAGGGUGGUGCUGGAAAAGGACACGAUGGACGUUUGGUGCAACGGACAGAAAAUGGAGACGACGGGGGAGUUUGUGGACGACGGCACUGAGACCCACUUUGCUGUCGGCGAACACGACUGCUGCAUCAAGGCUCUGAGCGGGAAGAAGAGGAGGAGCGGCAUCGAGCAUCACCUGCUGCUGGACGGACAGAACGUGUCGCCUCAGUAGAACCGAGCCGAGCCGGGCCGGGCCGGGCCGAGCCGUCGGACUCUCGCCAGGUGUUUCUGGUUGCUGUUGAUAAAUUCGUUCUUUCUCAUUUGAAUUCGGUUGAAUGUGUGUUUGAAGGUUUCUCAGGAUGAAAACAUGUGAAACAACCUUUUUAUAACGUUUGGGUUCUGGUGCAGAGUGACGACAUAAAUAAAGAACCCAGAUGGACCAGA